CCAGGCCGCGGGCUCCUCUCCCUCUCCUCCUUCCCUAUAAGACAACCCGCGCUGUCGCGCUCCCUUGCCAUUAGCCAUCAGGAUUCAGGACGUCGCUUCCACUCGUCGUAACGCAACGGCACGAGCAAAGCAGGCAGCAAAGCGGGGAGCCGGCCUUUGCGCGAGUGCGCUCUCUUUUCUUAGCUCUAGCUAGCUAGCUAGCGGUGGGAUGCCGACGAGGCGGCGCGGUGGGUUCCGGCUCGGCCGGAAGCUGCUGAGCGUCUGGCGCUGGGCGCUCUGCCACCGCCGGCGCCGGCGCGGCCGCGGGUACCUCCGCCUGCGGCCGUGCCGGGGAGGAGGCGGGGGCAGCGACGGCGGCAGGUCGCCCCUGCUGGCGGCGCCCGCGGCGUGCGCCACCAAGAAGCACCAGCAGCAGUUCGUGGCGGGGGCGCGCGACGACGAGUACGCCUCCUCGCCGCGGGUGCUGACGUGGGGGCGGUCGCUGGCGCGGCGGAUGAGGCUCCUGCGCCGGCGCGGCGGCGGGGCGGAGCGGCUGCUGGAGGACGCGGCGGAGGCCACCACGCCCAAGGGGCAGGUGGCGGUGUACGUGGGCGGCGCCGAGCCCGGCGGGGAGUCGAUGCGGUACGUGGUCCCCGUGGUGUACUUCAACCACCCGCUGUUCGGGGAGCUGCUGCGCGAGGCCGAGGAGGAGUUCGGCUUCGAGCACCCCGGCGGGAUCACCAUCCCGUGCGCGGCCUCGCGGUUCGAGCGCGCCGCCGCGGCCGCCGCGGGCGGCGGCGGGAAGAAGGUUCCCUGCUGAUGGUAGCAGUAGCAGCAGCACGUGGCCGCCCCAGUGGCCGGUGUACAUACACACAUGCCCCUCCGGAGAGGAGGAUCCCGAUCCAGCCCAUGGGGAUCAUGGAUCGGAUCCUUCUGCUAUUUUUUCUUCUUCUUCUUCUCAAAUUAGUUUUGACUUUUUUUUUGGUUCCUUGCGCCCCGAGCGACGCCCCGGUUCCUUGUGUGGAUUGAGCAUGUGCAUGGGAUGCGAGGAGGCAUAGCCAGGGUUUACGUUACCGACCGGUCCGGUCAAACCGGUGCGGUCCGGUAGCGGUUUACCGGACCGAUUUGACCGGAAAUCGGUAGAAACCGGUCAAAUUCAAAAUCACAUGUUCAACCGGUUUCGACCGGCUUACCAGUCGGUUUGACUGGUAAUCGGCCAAA